AUGGGAGAAGUCUGCAGCAAGGAUCUGAUACCUCUGCAUGGAUUGAGUGACAUGUGCAAGGGUCACAGAACCUCCUCCACUCCCACCCGUGAUGACUACCGGAUACGGAAAUCUCCCGUAGGCCAGCAGGUCUCCAAGAAGAGCCCAGCUGGCGGUGAUCGCAAGAGCGCAGGCAUAGCGUCAAGACUCCCCGAUCCAAGCCAAGAGCGAGCGAACGAGAGUAUCCGUUUGAAGCUCUCGAUGCCCUACAGUCCUGCUGCACCUGCCAUGCCCGAGGAGGACACGGACUGGGAGAACGAGUGCAAGAGGCUGAUCGAUCGUACGCUCGCUCAGGACAAGAAGUCGACGGAGAUGUGA